AUGGCCGAAAAGAUAUCUCGCGACAUGUCGACACAAAUCGACUCCACCUUGGCAACGCUUGAUAACAUCAACAGGGAGCCCAUGCUUCAGGUGGACAAGAUCAAGCAGCCAAUGGAGAAUAUUGUACUUAUCGAAAAGGAACUUCAGGCCGCCCUAGAUGAGAGGGAGGAAGACGCCAAGAGGCACAAGAUUCAACAGUUUGGCAAGUCCCUAAUCAGCGGGGAUGAGAGGGACAAACAGGUCAAUGAUAUUCUCAACCGUCUUGCCCAUGCGAGGGGCGAGCUACACGUGUGUAUCACCACUAUCCACAUCGGGCUCACCGGUAAUCUCGAAAGUGGUUUCCGCGUAGCGCGGGGUGAUUUGCAGCGGAUUAAUGACACUAUCCAGGAGCUCUGCAGGCAGCAACUCGUACUUGCCGAGCGGCUCGAGCCCAGAGAGCAGAAUCUCACGCAACAUGAUGCAACGAGGCAAUCCCUACUGGAUUCAGAAGAUGUCCUUGUACGGGGUUUGGCGGACGAGAAUUCAGCGGAUGGCACGCACACAGCAGGAUCGAACAGACUAGAAUGGCACAAGAACAAGACGGGGGAUGAGCCUGAUAUGAUGGUUGGAAAUUCUGGGUAUGAACCCGAGGCACAAAAGAACCUCGGACCCGUCAUGGCGAAUAUGGGGGACAAUACGUUUGGAAAUAGACUGCGACUUCACAUCGGUCAUAUCAAGAACAGUCAGGAUUUCUUUACGCGCAGAUAA